GACCGCCCGCACGCCCCUCAACUCCCACUCGAGACGUUAAAAGGGGGGCGUGCGUCGGAACUCGGAGCAUUGCCGAAGGAGCGGUGAACUCUGCCUGCCUGCCUGCCUGCCUGCCUUGCGAGCGUAUACGCCACACAUCCCAUAACCGAGUAGACACAAUGGCUGCCCCACGAGUCGGCGGACUGUCCCAGGAACUGAAGCCUGCCGAUGCCCAAGUGCAGGAAAUCUGCGAGAAGGUUCGCUCGGAUGUCGAGAACAAGCUCGGCCAGAACUUCGAGGAGUUCACGCCCGUCAACUACAGGACUCAGGUCGUGAACGGCACGAACUACUUCGUGAAGGUUCGCGUGGGCUCCGACCAGUACGUCCACGUCCGGGCCCACAAGAGCUUUCAGGGCGAUGUCACCUUCACCGCCGUCCAGGAGAACAAGUCGCUCGAAGACGAAGUGGAGCACUUUGCCUGAGCGACUAUAUAUGUAUAUAUUCUUCCAAGGAAGUGCAACACUGACUGUGCUCAAGAAGCCAGUCCCUGAGCAAUGGACUCAGCCUUUAAGAAAGCGCUGAAUCGGUCCCUUCUGAAGCGGUAUAAUGAAAACAGGCCGUGGCGGCAAAAUUAACGGCACCGCUAUAGGCUCAGAUAUGUAAACACGUAUGCUAGUCACUUAUCCGCGCGGUCUGCUUACUCUUUCGAUAACUGCUCUCACACAUUUAAAAAAAAGAAGAAAGAUGGACACGUAUGAAUAAAAUGCUAUUUUAAAAACA